UAAGAAUUUGAAUAUUAGGGUGUUACACUACCUUCGAGGGAGAUGGGGAGAGAGCAAAAUCUAACUGAAACCCUAAAUUAUAACCGUCACCAUCGCCGUGCCGUCGCUACCGCCAUUGCCACCGCCACCGUUACAACCAUUCAUCUCCUUGAUGCUAGCGCCAAUGCCACCACGUGCUUCGACGAUCUCUUUUCCCGUUGUCUCUUCCGUCGAUGCGUCUCCUCAGGUCGCGAUACGGUCACUUUUGAGAAAGAACCCAUGCCUUCGAGCCUCGCAACGGUGAAGAAAGCAACGAACAGCAAAGCUUCUCCUCCAAAAACAAAUUCUCUUCCCGAAAUGCUUCUUCCAAGACGAUUUCGUUAAGGUCUGUUUCGAAACCUCAAUUUCAUUCUGUCCAGAUUUUUGCUCAGUAGGAUGCUAACUGUAACCAAGAUUCCGAAUCAUGUAGCUAUUAAAAUUGCUCUUGAACUGAAGAAGCUCCUCAUUGACAAUAGUCUUCUAUAUGUCUCUCAGUCCAAUUUGGAGGUCAACUUAUUCAAGGUAAUGGAGAGGCGGGGAUAUAGAGAAGAGUACAUUAGUCAUUAUAAGAUGAUGACAAGGUUUCAUCAUCAAAGAGUUCCAUUGGUAAUCCUUGUUUGUGGCACUGCUUGUGUUGGAAAGUCUACUAUUGCCACCCAGCUUGCGCAGAGGCUAAAUUACCAAAUGUGUUGCAGAUGUUAGGGGCUGGUGUUAGUCAGGUUGCUGUAUGCGCAUUCUUCUAAUGAAUAGGAUAUUUCCCUUGCUGUUUAUCUGUACCACUAAACAAUAUGAAAUUUAUUUCUAAAAUUACUUUUGCUGGGCCUGCUAUGGUGGUUUGAGGUUUGUUAUGAAAAAUGGCGCCAAGGGAUGCGAGGUCAUCGUUAGUGGCAAGUUGAGGGCUCAGCGCGCUAAAUCCAUGAAGUUCAAGGACGGGUACAUGAUUUCCUCAGGGCAACCAGUCAAGAACUGCAUUGAUUCUGCUGUAAGACAUGUACUCCUUAGGCAGGGAUUUGGAUAAGAAAUGUUGCAGAUGAGUAACUUCACAAAGCUUUCAUGAGGCAUAUACGAGCGAGUUGCAGCUUAAAGUGGAUCACUUGCUAGAAGAGAA